AUGCCCGUUUGUUCAACCACGUCCGAACUUCCGGACCUUUCAGGACCUAUCCCCGGUUUUGAGGAACGGCAGAUCGUUCGUGGCGAAACCGACAAUGCUCUCUUUGGAGGAUGUCGAAGCACCAAAAUCGAUCAAGAAGCGGGGGCAGCACUGGUACCAGGCUAUACACCCAGACCCAUACUUCUCGCUUACGGUUUCGUCCGAGUUGCUUUCUGGCAGAUGACAUUUUCCGAGGACACCAAUGUUACUUUGACCGACCAUCUGACUAAAGAGAUACUCGAGGUCACCUCCAAUCCAUGCUGGCGGCAUUUCGGUGCGCCUUCGUCUACCAGCUGGGAAAAUCGGUGCACCGCUGACCACUAUAAUCCCCCGGACGGGUUCACGGUUCUGUGGCGCCUAACCAUUGUUCAGCUUCCGACCUUGCAGCUGCUAUUUCGAAGGAUGAACUUGAAUUUGGCUCCACUGAACGUCGCUCUUCAGCCCUCAAGCCUCCAAGUCCAAGGAUCAAACCCAAACGUCCUGUUUCGGCGACAGCAGGAUCCGGCAUGCAUCAUCGAGUGCAACGCCCUUGGCAGCUUAAUCGAUGGGUGCGCCUGGUGCCAUCAGGACGUACCUGGAGGUUGUGGUGUACCGUUAGUUAUACACGAAGCUUGGAACAGCGCUAUCUCGGACUUUAACGCCAUAUGCGCCACGCCUCUCGCGCCCCCUCGCGAAAUAACAUUUACAACCCCUCCGUUCGAACUUCCCGCGACGAAGCCACCUCGUACAACGAGUCUUGAGAACUGGGGUAUUAUUACCUUGCCGCACCCUCCAUGCACCAGGGGGCUCGGCCGUGUCGUUCUCCCGAAUUCAAGCACGAUGAUCAGUCCAACCACCACGAUGGCCACAAUGGACCCAACAGGGACGACAACUUUGCAGACUCCACGCCCGACGACGUCGACUGAAGGGCCUCCUUCCCCUAUCACGACACCGAGAGGGAACUUGCCUACGGAGACGCCUAUGCUACCGGGUCUUCCGACUCCUCAACCUCAACCUCAGCCCCAGCCCCAGCCUCAUCGGCCAAAAACAAAUAUUGUGCAAACGCCAAGUAGUCGUGCCGGUGGAAAUCCUCCAGCGAGUACGUCAGGUAGCUCUGAUGACUCUGAGGUGCCUGCUUCUCCUACUAUUGGUGGGGCCGUUGAGUCUCCCUCUGAUGACGACGCACCCCUCGCACCUGGUGACGUUACCCCUUCUGCCACAUUAGCGUUACCAAGUCAGAGUAGGGGACGCGAGGAGGAAUCAGAAACGCCGACAGGUGGAGGACCUGACGAGACACCUGAGGCGGAUACCGGAGAGUCAUCAUCACGUCCCCUUUGCUCUCACAUAGAUGACGUUCUCCUUGGCGUCUCAGCUGCUGUAGUUGGUGCUGUCCUCGUAUUUCGAGCUGUGAUGUGA